CAAAACCCACCAAUUAAUUCUCCAACAACAACGAAUCGAAUUAAGGAGCAUUCAUUGGCGCGUCUUAUUAACUUCUAGACAUUUUCUUAUAUUAACUUCUAGACACUUUCUUAUCUCAGCCCAUCAACCUUUUUAACUCCGCCAAGCACAGAGAUUACAGUCUAUUUCUAUCUAUCUUCUCUUUUUUUUCCUUUACCCUUCUAUAAUGGCGAGUCCUUGCAUGGACUACUAUAGUUGAAUGCGUUUCAUCUGGGACUAGAUAAGAGCUCACUCUUGUACGGGCAUUCUGGUUUUCUGUUUUGUUUAGCAUCACAAUGAGGUGGGAGAAGGUGGAGGUGAACCAGAGACUGACAGAAACUCAUCCGGAACCUAGUAGAUCUGUGGCUCUAUCGGUUGAGUUCGUUGGGCCUGGAAGAAGAUGGGGGCAUUCUUGCAAUGCUAUUCAUGGAGGGAAACUCCUUUAUGUUUUCGGAGGUUAUGGUCCGGACAACUGUCAAACAAAUGACGUGCAUAUUUUUGAUACUGUUAAGCAGGAAUGGAUUAAGCCUACGAUGAGAGGCAUUGCCCCGUCUCCAAGGGACAGUCAUAGUUGUACCACCGUUGGGAACAACUUGUUUGUGUUUGGGGGUACGGAUGGGAAGAAUCCACUCAAGGAUUUGGUCAUCCUAGAUACAUCUACCAACACAUGGAUGUGUCCGAGAGUACGUGGGAAAGGACCAACACCACGCGAAGGACAUAGUGCAGCACUUGUUGGGAAACGGCUUUUCAUAUUCGGAGGCUGUGGUAAAUCAUGGCAGAGUUCAUAUGAAGUAUAUUAUAAUGAUCUCCACAUUUUGGAUACAGAGAGUUUAGAAUGGCAGAAGGUUGUAACAUCUGGAAAUCCACCUUCUGCACGAGAUAGUCAUACCUGUUCAUCUUGGACAAACAAAAUUAUAGUAAUUGGCGGAGAAGAUUCAUCCGACUGUUAUCUGUCGGAUGUCCACAUCCUUGAUACAGAUACUCUUGUUUGGAGGGAACUAAGCACUUCUGGCCAUAUGUUACCACCUCGCGCUAGCCAUUCGACUGUUAUUCUUGGUAGAAACCUGUUUGUUUUUGGAGGAUUUGCUGAUGCCAGAAAUUUAUAUGAUGACAUUCAUAUGCUUGACAUAGUUAGUGGGGUUUGGACCAAUGUGAUGGUUGACGGCCAGGGGCCUACUGCCAGAUUUUCUGUUGCUGGGGAUUCUUUGGAUCCACAGAAGGGUAUUCUUGUGUUCAUAGGUGGUUGCAAUCAGGAUCUUGAGGCCCUGCAUGAUAUGUAUUAUUUACACACAGAAAUUUCAAUGGAAAAUGGACGAGAUGGACAGAAGCAAGAGAAAUUUUCACUCAAAAAAGAAUUGAAGAGGAAAUGUCAAGAACAACAUCUUCCAGCAGGCCAACCAAUUGAUGAUAAAGAAGUUCCCCAGCAUGGGACAAUGCCUGAAUUGCACCGGCCCAUACCUGUUCCAAUGCUGAUGCCAAUACAAAUGCAAGCACCCAUGACAAUUUGUGGCCAAGGAAGCAAACAUAAUCUUUCAUCUGAUGAAUUAGAGGCAUCUCAAGGAAAGAUAUUUGAAGCCAAGGUUACUGAAACUUUCUGCUAUGGGCAUAAGAUUGAAACUAUCAUUGAUGGAAAGCUGCUUCGAGGAUUAAUAUUUUCUUACGUACCAAAAUUUUCCCAUGUAGCUGGUGACUACCACAGUAGGAAAAGGUUGGCCUUAGAGGCUGGUGGUGUUAAGUUGGGUGAUAGUUACGCAGUCGAACAGGAACCAGUAUGUUGCAGACAGGACGAUGAUGUCCAUCAGGUUCAUGGAAACCCAGAAGCAUCAAUGGCAACUCUUCCAAAUGUGAAAGAUGAAGGCGAAAAUCAACUGAAUCCCAUCACAAAAAUUCCUGGUGAUAAAUCUGCUAAAGCCAAGAAUAUGAUCACUUCAACUUCAAACUGAGGUGGCAUUAUUGCUCCAGCAGUCUCCAUCCACCCACAUCAAUUUUAGCAGCAAACAAAUCCUUUUGGAGACUACAGCCAGCUGGUGAUGAACAUCAUUUAGGCUGGUGAGCGAAGCCUGGUCUUCAUUGGACUGAUUACUGCACCAAGUGAUCCAUCUGCAAAGACCUAUCUGACACGUGGAUUCCUACUCAAAAGUGCUGAUAUGAAUUGUAACCCCCGGUCCUAUAGCCAUGAUCAGUUGCAUGUGGUAGGUGACUGACUAUAUGAGAACAGAUGUUAGACUGCAUUGAACACAUGGAAUCAUUAAUAUAUUUAGGAGUGUUAGUAUA